AUGCAGUCGGGAUAUGGAAGCGUGUCGGAGAUGCAGCAAUUCAUGAUGGAGAGCUGCGGCAGCUCCAUCUUCUCCAUCUCCGCCGCCUCACCGAACCCCUCCGCCGACAUCCACGCCGCUGCCCCCCAGCCUCUCAAAUACCAUCCCCUCCACCCCCACCACCACCACCAGCCGCCCCACCCCCAGCCUCCGCCGCCUCCCCCCCACCACUUCUCUCCCUUCCACCCCAUCCCAAUUACCCAGCAGCUCUUCCAGCAGAGCCACCAGUUCCAGCUGCUCCAGCACCAGCACGAGAACUCGGCCGGAGCCACCGCCGCAGCCGGUGGCGGGCCGAGUUUUCUCGCCCCCGCCAUGAAUUUCAAGCUGGCGGCGAAUGAGAGCAGCGGCGGCGGCAGCCAUGAGGGGCUGAACGACGACGAUGGGGGGUCCGAGAGCCGCCUCCAUCACCACUGGCAGAGAGAGGAGGAAUCAGCCAUCAAGGAGCCCUCAUGGAGGCCUUUGGAUAUAGAUUACAUCAAUAGGAACAACAAGAGGUGCAAGGAGAAAGAGACCGAGACACCGACGAACAAGUACUCCAAGAAGACCAAAGAGGGAGCCGAGCCGGACCAUGGCGGACACAUCACCGGCGGCAGCAACUACAAGCUCUUCAGCGAGCUCGAAGCCAUCUGCAAGCCCGGCGUCUGCAGCCUUGGCGGUGGCGGUGGCGCCAACCAGACCGGCUCCGGCUCCGCACUCACCGGCGACGAGACCGCCCUCAUGCCCACCGCCACCAACCCACCAGGAAUACUGACAGCAGAUCACCACGUCGGCGGCUCCGAAACAUCUGCCGGAGAGGAGGCGACGGCGAGGAAAUUCUCCAAGGGAAGUGGGAGGAAGAAGCGGAAGCGGCGGCAGCAGAAGAAGCAGCAGCUGAGCUCGGUCAUGGCCUUCUUCGAGAACCUGGUGAAGCAGCUGAUGGAGCACCAGGAGAACCUCCACCAAAAAUUCUUGGAGGUGAUGGAGAGGAGGGACCAGGAGAGGACUCUCCGGGAGGAGGCGUGGCGGCGGCAGGAGGCGGCCAAGUCCAGCCAUGAGGCCGCCGCCCGAGCCCAUGAUCGGGUCCUCGCCUCCUCCCGGGAGGCCGCCAUCAUCUCCUUCCUCGAGAAGACCACCGGCGAGACCCUCCACCUCCCCGAGAAGCUCCGAUUCCCAUCCCAACUCUCAGAAGAACCCGGCAAGCUGGAGGCCGAGACCACCCAAAACCCCCCGACCGAGCCCUCGAAUAACGCUAACAAGGUUCCGUUCAACACGAGCCGGUGGCCGAGGGCUGAGGUGGAGGCGCUGAUCCAGGUGCGAAGCAGGCUGGAGUCGAGGUUCCAGGAGCCCGGGCUGAAGGGACCGCUGUGGGAGGAGGUGAGCGCGACGAUGGCGGCCAUGGGCUACCACCGGAGCGCGAAGCGGUGCAAGGAGAAGUGGGAGAACAUCAACAAAUAUUUCAGGAAAACGAAGGACAGUAGCAAGAAGAGGCCGCGCAACUCCAAGACCUGUCCUUAUUUCCAUCAAUUGGAUCAGCUCUACUCCAAGUCACUCAACAAGUCCCACCCCGCUUCCUCUUCUUCUCCCAAUGCUAAUGUGGCUGCUGGUGGUGCUAUUGCUUCCGGCACGGCCGGUGAUCGACGGAAGGAUAAUUCCGAGCUUCUCGAUGCCAUCGUAGUGUCCACAGAUCAGCAAGGCUUCAAGUUCCCGGAAAUGAGCUCCUUGCAUGACUUUGGUUUCAAUGGUAAAGGGGAUGACAACAGCGAGCUCCAUCGCAAUGUGGGGAGCAAUGGCGAGGAAGAUGAUGAGGAGGAUGAGGAAGAGGGAGGAGGUGGAGAAGAAGGAGAGGAACGAGAAGAAGGAGAAGGCUAGAGCCAAGAUCAACUCCACCGAGACCACCACCAUCAACAUAAGUGUCCCCACUACUCCUAUAGCUAGUUAAUUACCUCUAAGAGGUAAUGCUCUUCGAUCCAUGUCGAUUGACAGAUCUCUCUCUCUGUUCCCCUUUCUUCUCAAAGUUUGCUAUGUUUUCAUAUUAUUUUCCAAGUAGAAACCAGUUUAAUUAGGACAUGAAUUAGUAGCUGAAUAAAACCAUGGAUAUAUAUAUAUAUAUAUUUAUAGAUAUAUAUAUUAAUCCCACUAUGGGCUAAAUCUGUUCUUCAAACUAUCAUCACAUGAUUCUCAUGUCCAUCACUUCUCUCUCGAUCAUGUCCGCUCUACUGUCAUACCUUACAAGACUUGAAUGCUCUUCUUAGUGUUUGAGUAAGAACUGAGAACCAAGAGCAUAAAAACAAAAGUAUGCAUCAUGUCAUCCAAGUCCUUUUUUUUGUAUGUUUGUUAAUUUCUUUUUUUUUAAAGUUUCCAUGCUAGAAUGUUGUCACGGUUACUGAUAUAAUAAUGAGGAUAUUCUCCGUGCUUGCAUGGAUUAGU